CGCAAGUCACGUAGUCGGUGCGCCCCGCCCCACUCCAUACGCCUAAGUUCUCGCGCGAGUUACACUUCCGCCCUUUUGGCUCUUUGAGCAGCACCAUGGCGGUCGGCAAAAACAAGCGCCUUACGAAAGGUGGCAAAAAGGGAGCCAAGAAGAAAGUGGUUGAUCCAUUUUCGAAGAAGGACUGGUACGAUGUGAAAGCGCCAGCAAUGUUCAACAUAAGGAAUAUUGGGAAGACACUAGUCACAAGAACUCAAGGAACCAAGAUCGCAUCUGAUGGCCUGAAGGGUCGUGUGUUUGAAGUGAGCCUUGCUGAUCUGCAGAAUGAUGAAGUCGCAUUUAGAAAAUUCAAGCUCAUUACUGAGGAUGUUCAAGGCAAAAACUGCCUGACUAACUUCCAUGGCAUGGACCUCACCCGCGAUAAAAUGUGCUCCAUGGUCAAAAAAUGGCAGACCAUGAUUGAAGCUCAUGUUGAUGUAAAGACUACCGAUGGCUAUUUGCUUCGUCUAUUCUGUGUGGGGUUUACUAAAAAACGCAACAACCAGAUUCGAAAAACCUCUUAUGCUCAACACCAACAAGUUCGACAGAUUCGGAAAAAGAUGAUGGAAAUCAUGACCCGAGAGGUGCAGACAAAUGACUUAAAAGAGGUGGUCAAUAAGUUGAUUCCCGAUAGCAUUGGGAAAGACAUAGAAAAAGCUUGCCAGUCUAUUUACCCACUUCAUGAUGUCUUUGUUAGAAAAGUGAAAAUGCUGAAGAAGCCCAAGUUUGAAUUGGGAAAACUCAUGGAGCUUCAUGGAGAAGGUGGUAGUUCUGGGAAAACUACUGGAGAUGAGACUGGUGCUAAAGUUGAGCGGGCCGAUGGAUAUGAACCACCAGUCCAAGAAUCUGUCUAAACUCAGACUUUUAAUGACAAAUAAAAAGUUUUAUUUGUGAUGUUUUA